AUGGAGUCGUUUGAGGUGCCAGUUAACGGGGUCUCUCACACUGAAGAUCCGUUCUCUGGACCACUGUCAUUUAUUGCGCCCUGGAACUAUCACUUCCUGGCUGCGUUGAUGUUCAUAGUGACCACAUUGUCUCUCUCCGAGAACUUUGCGGUGAUGUUGGUGACAUUCAGGUUUAAACAACUGAGGCAGCCUUUAAAUUACAUCAUUGUCAACUUAUCUCUGGCAGACUUUCUUGUGUCAUUGACUGGAGGGACUAUAAGUUUUCUGACUAAUUACCACGGCUAUUUCUUCUUGGGUAAAUGGGCUUGCGUUUUGGAGGGGUUUGCUGUCACCUUUUUUGGUAUCGUGGCGCUGUGGUCUCUGGCGGUUCUGGCAUUUGAGCGGUUCUUCGUGAUCUGUCGGCCACUGGGGAACAUUCGUCUAAGAAACAAACACGCGGCACUCGGUCUGCUGUUUGUCUGGACUUUCUCUUUCAUCUGGACCAUCCCGCCGGUGUUAGGUUGGAGCAGCUACACCGUCAGUAAGAUCGGCACCACCUGUGAGCCCAACUGGUACUCUGGAAGCUUCCAUGACCACACCUUCAUUAUCACUUUCUUCACCACCUGUUUCGUUCUUCCGCUGGGUGUGAUAAUCGUCUGUUACUGCAAGCUGCUCAGGAAGUUGAGAAAGGUGUCAAACUCCCAUGGCAGGUUGGGUAAUGCCAGGAAACCUGAGCGUCAGGUGACCCGUAUGGUGGUUGUGAUGAUCGUUGCCUUCAUGGUGGCCUGGACGCCAUACGCUGCAUUCUCCAUCAUUGUGACGGCACACCCCAGCAUCCACCUGGACCCUCGACUGGCAGCUAUCCCAGCGUUCUUCUCCAAAACAGCCGCAGUCUACAACCCCAUCAUCUAUGUCUUCAUGAACAAACAGUUCAGGAAGUGUUUGAUUCAGCUGUUGAGCUGCAGUGACACCAUCCCCAUCGAGGGCAACGUGAAUCAGACCUCCGAACGAGCAGCAAUGACUGGUGAAAGCAACACUGGAGAGAUGUCUGCCAUCGCUGCUCGAAUCCCGGUGGCUGGAACCGUCCCGAAAACUGACAACCAGCCGAAUGAUUGUAGCUCGUUCGCUCAGCUUCCUAUUCCUGAGAACAAAGUAUGUCCGAUGUGACAGCAAACACAUACAAGGACUGUUCUUAAUUCAUUGCCAUAAUCUGUAUUUGUCUUUAGUCAUUCGUGUUCUCUGGCUGAAUGUUGAAAUGUAUUUGUUUUCGUCUGAACACUGGUAGCUAAAUCUUUUGUCUAAAUGCCCUGACAUUCAUGCAGUAUUAAAACAGACUCAGCUAGCGUACGAUACUCAAAUACUGUUCUGAUUUACAGAAAAACAUUUAGCCAUGCGCUGAGUGACCAAAACUACUCAGAAUUUAAUGUUUGAAAAAGUAGCAUGUACUAAUAAAAAGUAGCUAACUGAAGCUUUUUAAAGGUGGCAACACAUUUAAAAAAUAUAAGAUGAUGUAAGAUGAUAUUUUGCAAUAUUUGUCUGGCACCAAAACAAUAAGGAUCUCAAUUUGGUUGACUGCAUUUAACCUUUGCAGAUAUAUUGCAUAUUUUGAUGCAUUUUGAUCAUGGUACUGGAUGAUAACCCUAUUCAAAUAUUAACACACAGUAUAACACCAAAUUACUUUAAAGAAUACCAUGGUACAACAAACAUGGAACAUGGCCAAAAAACAUGGCAUUUUUUGUGUAGAAACGCCCUAAUUUAUAUUACUGAGUGGAAAACAUACAACAUGAUCACACUGGAAGAUGUUGUGUCAGUUACCUCUGAAACCCGGGUUCUCGUCCCGCACUGAAACCAGGAAGUAAUUGUGUAUGCGUAAUCAAUGACGAGCAUGAUUCGGAAGUUCUAUUUUCCCUCUAAGAUAAAAAUGUUUACGCCAAUGACGGUUAGGUUUAGGGUUAUGCAUUAAAUGCAUUAAAUAUGCAUUCCUGUAGACUGUAUUACAUAAUUUACAACUUAUAAAACAUCUCGCUUUUGGCGCCCCUCUGUGGACAUUUCCCCCAAAAACUGGAGCUCACAUGCGCCCUUACGUUCAACAACACUUCCCGCUUUGGACACUGGGGGCAGUGGUUCGAAUUUCUGUACGCACAGAUUGGUCUGAAUUAAAAGUAAUAAACCGUAUUAUGUAACAAAAUAUUUUAUAAUAAAAAAAAAAUCACGACAUUUUUGACUGUUUAGAAGAGAAUAUUCUAUUAUUUAGCUAACUCAGCUGUAAAGCUGCAGGUGCAAUAAAAAUUUGACAAAAAUGCAAUUUGACGUUUGAUCACACUACACUGCUACUAGCUAAUUCCUGGAAGAGUUGCACUGCUUCGAGAACAGGUGCACUUUUGUUGAGCUAAUAAAAAUGCAGGUAAGUUAGAAGUAUCAUUACUUUUAGUUCGUUUCAAUACUGCAUGAAACGACAUGUCUGGUGAAAUGUUAAUUAUUUGUGAUCUGAUCCAUCAUUUUGAGUCACUUGAUCAUGCUCAAAAGUUAAAAAGGUAAGUCUCAGCUCUUUAACGAUAUAAUUAAUAUGUUUCUACUCUAAAUGUUGCAGAUAUACAGUAUAAUCAUUAAACGAUCGCUGAGCCUUUUCUCAUUUCAAAUUGUGUUUCUGUGUCAAUAUGACUCAAAGUGAUGGAGCAGGUUACAUUUAGUCUGAUAAGUGAAGAUUACAAGCACACAAGACUUUGAAAGUUUCCACUGCUAUAUUUGCACAGAUUUCACAAAAACCCUUUUCGCACUGGUCCAUGCAACAGAAGUCAGCCAAAAUAUAGAGGUGUCCAAAUAAUGAAUAAUAGUACAAGAAUAAUGCAUUUCAGAAUGCUGAUGGGAGCAUCUCUCAAAUGCAAACAGACAAACAAGCAAAGAAAAAUGCAUGCAAGUGCGUGCGCACGCACACACACACACACACACACACACACACACACACACACAGGGACAGAUGCUCGGUAGACUCUGGCUUCCUUGACAGAUGAAUGUUUUUUUUAAUUUAUUAUAUUUCUCAAUGAAAAGUUUGAAAUAAGUUUGAUAAUCUCCUGUUUCAUAUUCUGAGUUUGCAAAAGAAAUCAGGCAAAUAAUCUGGCAAACAUUUUAGACUUUUAUGUCUUAAACUGAAAAGCAGCAAGCAUGAAUUGGUUAAAACAUUUGAUUCAACACUUUUUGAACAUGCAGUUAGAGAGACAGUUGCAUGUAGAUAUGGGAGUGAGUGCAAUAAAUCAUCAUUCCGUGUGUAAACAGAAUACAGGGGUUGACAUAGUGAUCACCAUUGUAAGGGUUUGGCAUUUUACGGCUGUAAACAAGAAACAUGAAUUGCAGUUUAACCCCAUUUAGUUUUAGUUUCCAGAAAACUCUUUAAUCAGGUCAACAUUAACUCUGAUGAAACAUUGAACCAUUUAUAACUAGGACACGUGGCCCUAACACACACAGAUAGGUUUUUACUUUUGAGUACACACACACACACACACACACACACACACACACA